UGUAACGUGUAAUAUGCUUGAUUAGGGAGAGAGAGCGCGUCUGCUUCAUUUUUAAAAUUUCUGUCCGUACGUCAGUCGCUGAACGGUUAAUCAGUUUUCUACUGAUGAUUUAUCUAACCCUCCUGUGAGUGUUUAAAUCACUCUGGGAUUUGUAUUUUGAACUGCUUCCUGUUAGCUUGGACAGUUACGGUGCCGUUCUAGUGUAGUCUGGCAGUCGGAAUAUAGAGCUGAUAAACCAGGCGCGGAUCAAUUGGCAGCAGGUAUUGAUGAGGGGUUAUUGCUGAUAGAUGGGGGACCGAGUCUCUGAACCGGAACUGGUUCUGGUCUUCAGUGGAAAACGGAAGUCCGGAAAGGACUAUGUGACGGACCUGCUCCUGGACCGUUUAGGGUCUGAUGUUUGUUGCGUCCUGCGUCUAUCCGGACCGCUCAAACAGCAGUAUGCUCAGGAACAUGGUCUGGACCUGGCCCAGCUGCUGGGCUCUGGUCUGUAUAAGGAGCAGUAUCGGUCUGAUAUGAUUCACUGGGGCGAAACUCGACGAAGUCAGGACCCUGGAUUCUUUUGUCGCCUAGCAACCAGAGGAGCACAGCAACCAGUUUGGGUGGUGAGUGAUGCACGCAGACUAUCAGACUUGCAGUGGUUCUGGUCAGAGUUUCCUCGACAGACUCGAUGUGUCAGAGUUCAAAGUUCAGAACAAACACGCAAACAGAGAGGGUGGAGCUUCACUACAGGUGUGGAUGAUGCAGAGUCAGAGUGUGGGUUGGACAGUGGGGUUGAAUUUGAUUGGAUCAUCACUAAUGAGGCUGACGCCCCCUCAUUAGACAAACAGCUGCAGCCAAUCCUGAAGCUGGCCAUGGAAGCAGCGUCAUCAUCAUCUACCAGUCGCAGCUCCUAAUCACUAAUUAAUAUUAUUGAUGAAUAUGGAUGUUCAGUAUCAGCAGAAGGUCUGUGGUGCUCAUUUUCUAUCACAUGAAGUUUAUCUUUGUCAGAUCUGUAAAACUCAGCUGAGCCUUGAUGAGCUGAUCAGUAACCACCGCGGGGAUCUUCAUAGGCCAGCUGCUUGUAGGUUAGACCUGGUCAAGUAAAACAGUGAGUCCCUGUACAGGAACAUUCCCGGACAUGCAUUAAUCUCAGGCCCUGUAUUUUUUCUUCAAAUUCUCUGGUGAGGAAAAAAUAUAUUCACAAAAUUGGGCGCAGUCGAAAGAUACCGCUUUGCAAUGGCACUGUGGAUGUCUUUUAAAAAAAAAAUUUUUUUUUUUAAAGCUUUAUUGAAAAUGCACAUAAACAAGGCAAUAUAACAU